AUGAAUGCCCUCAAGAAAGCCAUCGGAUGUACGGGCUUCCCCUGUUUCAACCGCAUGUUCAGUUCUGUGAAACAUGCUCGGGCAAUGCAAGGAACAAGUCACAUGAACCACGGCCAGAGCAUCAGAAGAGAUGAUAGUGGCAGUAUAUACGAGAUUUCAAAUGCAGUUGCUGGGAAGAUCGACCGUGUGUCCAUAUCUCGGCCAAAGAGUGACAUAUUCAGGGUUCAUCAUCAACUGCGUGUGGUAAAUGAGAAGGCAUAUGAGCCUGUCUUGCUUUCCAUUGGCCCUUACCACCACGGCAGGAGCGAUCUCCAGCACAUGGAGGAACAUAAACUGCAGUAUCUAAACCGGUUGAUCACACGGAGAGAAGAAAAGGGUAUAACUAGGUCGUACCAAUUAAACACGUAUCUUAGGACUCUCAAAGAAUUGGAAGACCAAGCCCGUUGUUGCUAUGCUGAAGCCAUCCCCCUUGAGUCUAAUAAAUUUCUAGAAAUGAUGCUGCUCGAUGGUUGUUUUAUCAUCGAGCUGUUCCACGAGCUCUCAAGAGAUGAGAAAGAAAAGGACCCUUUCCUUAAGGCAGACUGGGUACAGAAUGCCCUUGCACGCGAUUUAACGUUGCUUGAAAAUCAACUUCCAUUCUUGGUCCUAAAAAGUUUGCACCAUGUGAUCCCUGAUGAGCCUGACCUACUUCACCUUAUCUUCACUGCCUUUGAUUACCUUCCUACGUAUUCUAACUUACCUCCAUGUCAAAACCAGCGUGAAAGGACUGCUGCUCAGCAAAGAAACUCCGACCUUGCCAGAUUCCUCCCAAUUGGAUCAACUUCCUCCAAAAGGAGACACCUAAAUCCGGAAAAGCUCAAUGAUAUAAAGCAUCUUCUGGAUCUUGUACGGAAGUUUAUGCUGGUGGAAGAGACCUUGGAAAUGGAAGGUCAGACACAGCAAGGAGCCCAACAAGUGAAAAGAGCUGUUAGUAGAGAUAUCCCGAAUAAGAGGAGAAAGAAGUUUGCCUAUUCAGCUAUAGAGUUGAUGGAUUCAGGGGUCACAUUCAAGAGUGUGGAGAAAGGGAAGUUUUACGACAUCCGAUUUGAAAAUGGCAUCUUGGAGAUCCCUGUCAUUCGGAUCACAGACAACAUGGAGGCCUUGUUCCGAAAUCUGAUUGCGUAUGAGGAGCAUGCUCAGGAUAAUGGUGUUAAACAUAUAUCCGAUUACAUGGCUUUCAUGGAUGGACUAAUCAAUUCCCCCAAGGACGUGGAACUACUCCGUCGUCAAGGGAUCAUUGAGAACAUGAUGGGUGAUGAUGAAGCAGUCUCCACGAUGUUCAAUAGGAUGAAUAAGAACACGGUCGUGACACCAGAUUUUUACUAUCAGGAUAUUAUCAACAGUAUGACGAUACAUUGCCAGAAGCAGUGGAAUAUUUGGAUGGCGAAGCUGAAGAGAAAUUAUCUCAACUGUCCAUGGGCACUCCUGUCAAUUAUUGUAGCUUUUCUAUUACUUGUUAUGCAUGUAACACAAACUGCAUGCGCUGUUUUUUCAUACUAUAAGAAUGUGAAAUAGUAAGUAUCUCUC